AAUUGAGGGAACAAACUAUUAUACAAUAUAAUGAUCAUGGUCAACCAGAGUUGUUAACUGCCAGAAACGACCCUUAUAUAAAUUCACACAAUCAUCUUCAACUUCAAGGUUGGAGAGCGAAUGUAGAUUUAAAGCCCAUACUUACUACUUAUGCUGCAUUACAAUAUGUAUCCAAUAAACACAAUGAACACUUUAUCAAGUCUUUUCAAAAGCUACUUCUUUAUUCAGUAGCUGAACGUGACUUUUCAUCUCAAGAAACCUGCCACCUUUUACUUGGCAUUCCUCUAUUUUAUUGUAGCCAAAGAACACUGUCUUGGCCAGAACUCUAUGAUCAUCAUUUGCAAGAAAUUGUGACUGAACCUGUUGACGUACUUGGAUUAGCUACAAACUCUCUUGAAGAAAAUAUCAAUAAUGACGAAUAUCAAUCUGAUAAAGAAAGUGAAGAAACUCAACUUGACUGGAUGAUCCUAGUGGAAACAUGUCCUGAUAAUCAACCAUACAAUUCUUCAGAUCUUGGUAUAGAAAACCAUGAAAUUAAUGAUUCUGUUGAUAGUGUGAUUAAUUACGAAACCUUAAAUAAGAAGCAAAAAACUAUUCUUGAUAGAAUAGAAUGUAAUUAUAUUGCUAACAUAUUAGGAAAGUGCGUAGAACCAUUAAGAAUUAUUAUUAUGAGUACAGCCAAAACCAAAAAGUCUUAUCUUAUAAAGGCCAUCUGGUGUAAACUUAAUGAAAUUACAUUAUCAAUCCCAGUAAACGCAAAAACUUUUGAUCUAACAGGUGAAAGUUUAAAAUGCCUACAAAACAAGCUAAAGUGGGUAAAGUAUUUUAUAAUUAAUGAAAUGAGCAUGGUAGGGCAACAUACUCUUGCCUUAAUAGAUCUGAGAAUGCAUCAAGCAUUUCCUAAUUGUCAAAAUAUUCCAUUUGACGGUCGCUCUAUCAUUUUUGUUAGAGAUUUCGGACAGCUUCCACCUGUUUGUGACCUUCCUAUGUAUGCACAAGAUUCUCGCCCUUCUGAUGCUUUAUCUGAAGAUGGGCGCACAGCUUACAUUCAAUUUUAA